GACAUCACAGUCGGUCAGCCGAUGCUGUACUUGUUUAAAAUUGCGAUCUUUUACUGUAUUUUUUGAGUAAUAAUUCAUUACUUAGGCUUCUAUUAAUUCAGCAAUGAUGCUUAGCUCUAUUUUAGUUAAAUUAUGAACGAUAAAAUAAUAUUUGUAUUUGAAAAAACAUAGUGACUAUACAUCGGAGAAUGUUAUAAAUAUAAUAGAUGUUUUUGCGUUAAUCAUGGGGAUGACCCAUAUAACUACAAUCUUGAUUUUAUUGAUAUGUCGGGGUUUAUUAAUUUAUGCCAGUGACACUGAUACAGCAUGUAACGUAAACGGAACAUCCAGAGUUCAUUACGAGUUUACUUCUGACGUUGUAAAUAGCGAGCACAUCAUAACAUUCAAGGGUUACUUUCCGCAAUCAACAAGAGAAAAUUAUGUCAGUGCAGCACUGAGGAAUGCAGGGAUAAAGAAUUGGACUCUGGUUCAACGUAACAACCCAGCUAAAGAGUACCCGAGUGACUUCGAUGUGAUUAUCCUUGAGGAGAGCAGGAGUCGUGCGCUGGAUGCUCUGCGCGACCACCCUGCCGUGCGCCGCGUCACAGCGCAGCGGCAGGUCCAGCGUACUAUUAAAUAUGUCCCGGAGGAUGAUUGUGGUCCAUCUGGGUGUUUGUACUCUGGUUGGCGCAACCAUCGCGCCCGCGCGCUUCAUUCGCUCAGAAAAAUGCGGGAGAAUGGUGGCUACACUUCGCGGAAACUUUUGAGGACAGUUCCACGUCAAAUAACUUCAGUACUUAAGGCAGAUUUGCUGUGGUCUCUAGGAGUUACAGGCGAAGGGAUAAGAGUUGCGGUGUUUGACACGGGCUUGGCGCGGCAGCAUCCACAUUUCGGGCGCGUGCGCGAGCGCACCGACUGGACGGGCGAGAAUACGCUCGACGACGCACUGGGUCACGGCACUUUCGUCGCCGGCGUCAUCGCCUCGCGCGCUGAUUGCCUCGGGUUCGCACCCGACGCUGAUUUACACAUCUUUAGGGUUUUCACUGACAAUCAGGUGUCGUACACUUCGUGGUUCCUGGACGCGUUCAAUUAUGCAAUCAUGCGUAAGAUCGAUGUGCUGAAUCUUAGCAUCGGCGGACCAGACUUUAUGGACCACCCGUUUGUAGACAAAGUGUGGGAACUCAGUGCUAACAAGGUGAUUAUGGUGUCAGCAAUAGGCAACGAUGGGCCGCUAUAUGGCACCCUCAACAACCCAGCGGACCAGAUGGAUGUGAUCGGUGUCGGGGGUAUAGGGUUCGACGAUCGCAUUGCCAAGUUUUCAUCUCGUGGCAUGACUACGUGGGAACUACCGCAUGGGUACGGCCGCAUGAAACCAGACAUUGUGACGUACGGCAGCGGAGUUCGUGGCUCCAGUGUUACUGGUGGCUGCAGGUCGCUUAGCGGCACUUCAGUGGCGUCGCCAGUGGUGGCGGGGGCGAUAGCGUUGCUUGCCAGUGGCGUGCCAAGACAGAACCUGACUCCGGCGGCCGUGAAGCAAGCGCUGUGCAUCACUGCGCGCCGCCUGCCCGGCCCCAACAUGUUCGAACAGGGACACGGGAAACUGGACCUCAUCACAGCUUACCAGUUCCUCCGAGAGUACGAGCCGCAAGCGAGCCUGAGCCCCGCGUACAUUGACCUGACGGAGUGCCAGUACAUGUGGCCGUACUGCACCCAGCCACUCUACUUCAGCGCUCAGCCGACCAUCGCCAACGUCACUGUCAUCAAUGGACUUGGAGUCGCGGGACAAGUGAAGGAGGUAAGCUGGCACCCGCACCUGCCGCACGGCACGCUACUGGCGGUGUCGGUGGAGCACAGCCACAUCCUGUGGCCCUGGUCCGGCUGGCUAGCGCUCAGCUUCUCCGUCAAGGAAGAGGGCGCUGACUUCGAGGGUGUCGUUGAGGGUCAUCUCAACGUAACUAUAGAAAGCGAUGAGAUGGGAGAGAAAACAAUGAAAAAUGCGACCCUUAUGCUACCCAUACGGGCCCGAGUAAUCCCAGUUCCGGUGCGGUCGCGGCGUCUUCUCUGGGACCAGUUUCACAGCCUGCGCUACCCCGGCGGGUACUUCCCGCGGGACGACCUGCGCGCCAAACACGACCCGCUCGACUGGCACGCCGACCACGUCCACACUAAUUUCCGCGAUAUGUAUCGCCGCCUUCGCGAACACGGAUUCUACUUAGAGGUCAUGGGUACCCCUCUAACAUGCAUCGACACGUCUCUGUACGGCGCUCUGCUACUGGUAGACCCUGAGGACGAGUACUUUCCUGAAGAGAUGGCGGCUCUCAAGAGGGCCGUCGACGACGGACUUUCGCUGGUCGUGUUCGCGGACUGGUACAACGCCUCACUGCUGCGACACGUCAAGUUCUACGACGAGAACACUCGCCAAUGGUGGAUUCCUGAAACAGGAGGUGCUAAUGUACCGGCUUUGAACGAUUUACUUAGCAUGUAUCAGGUGGCGUUAGGCGACCGCGUGUUCGAGGGUUCGUUCAAGCUGGGCGGGCACCCCAUGUACUACGCCAGCGGGACGCACAUACACAGUUUCCCUGAACACGGCGUGCUUGUUACUGCGCAGCUCAGCGAUCAAGGACAACAGAUAAUGUCAGGCGAGAAGCCGAGUGCUGGCGGCGGCGCGUCGGGCGGGGGGCCUCUCGUCGACGUGCCGAUCUUGGGGCUGCUGCAGACUGACGGCGAGACUAGAGACUAUGCCAACGACACCAUCGACAAACUGCCUAAGGCGGGGCGUCUGGUGGUGUACGGUGACUCGUCGUGCCUGGAAGGCGGCACGGCCCGUCCCUGCCACUGGUUGUUGUUAGCAGCUUUACAGUACGCCCUCGGAGGACACCUGCCCUCCGUGCUCAAAGAGGCCGCCACGCCACCGCAGCGCCGCGUCAAGGAUGUCCACAUCAUACCCUCAGAGCUGCCGCAGCGCGCGGAGGGGGGCCGCCUGCACGUGUACUCGCGCGUGCUGUCCCCCGACGGGUCGGGCCCGCGGCCCGUGCCGGCGUGCACGAGCGCGCCCCCCGUCACGCCGCGCCCCGUGCACGCGCCGCCCUCAGCACGCACGCUCGCCCCGCGACACCCACCCACUGACCCUAAGAGCAUAGGAGCACCGGACGUGGAGGGCACGGAACCUGCAGCGCGGGCUUGGCGCGGCGCAGGCGCGGCAGCGGCACGGGCGCCCCCCGCCCCUGAGAGCGCCGCGCCGCCCGGGCUCCUCGGCCGCGCCGUCACCCUGCUCGCCCUCCUCGCCAUCAUCUACGCCCUAACCGCCCUCUGGAAGCGCUGCGGCCGCAAGCUGCGACGCCGCCGCAUCAUCGCUCUUGCCACCUAGCAUAAGGCCAAGUCCGACAGACACGGUAAGAAUCACCGUCACACCUGAUGCGCGAUCUGUUGGGACCAAAGAAAGCGCGUUUAAGUAUGUGCUCGGGACUCUGUGAGCUGAUCUGAUCUCCAUGAAGGUGUGUGAGUAGGUGCGCGUUUUGGUUACCAUACGUGUCUACGACGUCGCCACCGUCUCGUGUAAUGAUAUUACACACGUGAUACAAGCGUCGACUUAAAUAUCAAUAUAAGUGUAUAUGUCUAGCAACCAGAUUAUAUGACUAUUGUAAAGGGCUUUGUAGUGCCAAGAAACGGGUAGCUGUAAUGAAAAAUAUAUGUUUUAUAUUGUAACAGGCGCGUUGUUCGGCCUUUUAUAGAGUAAAAUGUAUACGAAACUUGAAACGAAACAUCUUUUGAAAAUUUAACACCCUACUAGAAUUUAUAUCAAUUUACAAAAAAGAUGUUUAGUUGCAUGUUGACUCAAAAGACUGGUCAGAAUAAAUAAGCAUAAUUAAAUAAUAUGUAAUUAUUUAAGUAGGUACCUAAUUGUUGUACGAACUAUUUAUUUUCGUUUUACUUAUUAUUAUUUUUUGUUAUAGCAAUGUGGUAUAUAUCCAAUUUACCUCUCCAUUGAGAGGAUGUGAUGAUUCGUAGUAAGUGAUGUAAUGAUAUUUUUUAUGAAAUUUAAAAUUUGAUAAUAAGUAUAAAGUAUUUAUGGCCUAUAUUUAUAAGUCACUCAUAAAUAUAAAUAGACAUUCAAUUAUGAAAAAAAUAUACUUAAAUCAAUGUAGAGAAUUGACUUUCAUUACAUAUUAUAUAUUUAAGUUUAAUUAAAUGUAAUUUUCCGUUA